CAACAAAUGCAACGUUUAGCUGGUCAUGCUCCGGGAGGUCAGUCUUACAAAUGCAACGUUUAACUCACAGUUGAUCUCAAUAGGCGCUCUAGGACUAAUAUCAAGGCUUAAUAUCGGCGCACUUGAACUGGGAGACUAUCUUGCACUUGGGGCAAUAUUCUCGGCCACAGACUCAAUUUGCACCUUGCAGGUGUUAAGCCAAGAUGAGACACCAUUCUUGUACAACCACGUGUUUGGUGAAGGUGUUGUCAAUGACGCAACUUCUGUUGUGUUGUUCAAUGCAAUCCAGAACUUUGAUCCUAGAAAUAUCAGCGGUGCCAAAUUACUGAACUUCAUUGGCAGUUUCCUUUAUCUGUUCGGCUCCAGCACCAUUCUUGGAGUAGCUUCUGGACUUCUUAGUGCUUAUACCAUUAAGAAGUUGUACUUUGGCAGGCAUUCAACCGAUCGUGAAGUUUCCAUUAUGAUGCUAAUGGCUUAUUUAUCUUCCAUGCUAGCUGAAUUGCUCGAUUUUAGUGGCAUUCUCACUGUGUUUUUCUGCGGUAUCGUAAUGUCACACUAUACUUGGCACAAUGUAACAGAAAGUUCGAGGGUCACAACCAAGCAUGCCUUUGCAACAUUGUCGUUUAUCUCCGAGAUUUUUCUGUUUCUUUAUGUUGGUAUGGAUGCAUUGGAUAUAGAGAAGUGGAAGAUUGUCGAUCAAACUUAUAGGCAUACGGUCUCCCUCUUUCUCUCUCUUCAUUGCUCAACUAGAAGAUCUUUCUUCUGAAUCUGUAUUUUCUAUCAUGUGCAGCCCGGUAAAGUCUAUCGCUUUGAGCAGCACCAUUUUAGCCUUGGUGCUGGUUUCAAGAGCUGCUUUUGUUUUCCCACUAUCCUUUCUACCAAAUUUGACCAAAAAAACUCCAAAUGGAAAGAUAUCUUUUAGGCAGCAGAUAAGUCUUUAACUUAGCAACAUCUUAACUUCUUAUGUUCUCUUGAAACAGUUGUUAUGUUCCUUACAUGAUAUUGGUCAUUCAGGUUAUUGUUUGGUGGGCGGGUCUCAUGAGAGGUGCUGUGUCUAUUGUGUUGGCUUACAAUAAGGUAAAUCUUGUGUUUGGUCUAUCUGGUUUGAGCUUUGGUCUGGAAUUAUGUUACUGCUUUUGUUUCCUCUAUCCAUUCCAAAACAUAGGACAUUUUUUGUUGUCGUAAGUCAAAAUUCUCUAACUUUGACAAAGUAUAUAGAAAAACAUACCAACAUCAACAACCUUCAUUUCUUAAUCUUAUAUAGAAGUUGCAGUAUUUUAGUCUAAUAGAUGGACAUGUUUUAAAUUUUGAGGAGACAUU